UCCAGGAGGUUGCCUCCAUUGACCUGGAGCUUUAAUCGCCAUGGAUGCGAUGAUCGGCGAUCCCAUGUCAGCGACAUCGGUGGAGGCGGUGUUCGAGAAGCAGCCAUCGCCGGAAUUCAGGGAGCUGGUGACGCCACGGGCCAUGGCCGUGGCGGUGGUGCUCAGCGUCGUCAUCUGCUUCGUCGGCAUGAGGAUCCAGAUGACGGCCGGGAUAGUGCCGGCACUCAACAUGCCUGCCAGCAUCCUCAGCUUCUUCCUCCUCAAGUGGCUCAUCAGGCUGCUACAGAGUUGUGGCUUUCCCAUGCUGCCAUUCACACGCCAGGAAAAUAUGUUCCUCCUGACUUGCAUCAUCACCUGCCUCAACCUGGCCCUCACAAGUGGUUUUGCGACCAAUAUCAUUGGAAUGACUUCUACGGUGGCCAGAUCACUUGCUGAUGAUCCAGAUCCAAGAGAUAUUAUGGACCAUGUACCAAUCGGAAAAUGGAUAGUAUACCUAUUCCUUGUUGGUAUGACGGGAGUGUUAAUAAAUGUGCCAUUUAACCAGGUCAUGAUUAUUGACUACAAAUUACUAUUUCCAACAGGAACAGUUAUAGCUCAGCUUAUUAAUAGCUUUCAUACCCCUGAAGGAGCUUACGUAGCAAAAAUGCAGGUUGCGACCAUUUUCAAAGUAUUUUUUGGCAGUUUUUCUUGGUCUAUGUUCCAGUGGUUCUAUACUGCAGGCGAUGAUUGUGGAUUUCAGCACUUUCCAACAUUUGGACUAGGAUUAUACAAACACAGGUUCUACUUUGAUUUCUCUGCGACAUAUAUUGGUCUGGGAAUGAUUUGUCCACAUAUAGUAAAUUUUGGAUUAUUUUUUGGGGCCAUCAUCUCUUGGGGAUUUCUAUAUCCUUUCCUUGAAACUAAACGUGGGCAAUGGUAUCAAACUGACAGCCCUACAAGUUUGAAUGGACAAAAUGGAUACAAGGUGUUCAUCAGUGUGACACUGAUCAUUACUGAUGGGAUGAUAAACUUUCUAACACUCAUCACUACAGCAUCAAUUAACUUCUAUCAAUUAAGGAAAGAGCAUGAUUUAGGGCUUGCCAACUAUUUCAAGAAACACCCAAGCCUCAACUAUGAUGAUCGCAAGAGGAUUGAGGUGUUCUUGGCUAACCGGAUCCCAAUCCCUGUGCCAGUGGCAGCCUAUAUCACAUGUGCAGCCAUCAGCACGAUUGCAAUCCCAGCCAUGUUCAACCAGAUCAAAUUCUACCAUCUGGCCGUGCUUUACAUGGUCAUCCCAGUCGUGACCUUCUGCAACACCUAUGCGACAGGGCUCACCGACUGGUCGGUGGCACCAACCUAUGCUAAGUUUACCACCUUCGUCUUUGCAGCAUGGAUCGCCAAGCCUGGCGCUGUCGUGGCCAGCCUCCUUGCGAGCGGGGUGAUCGUGGCGGCACUCCACAUCUCGUCGCAAGCGAUGCAGGACCUCAAGUCGGGCCACAUGACGCUAACGUCGCCACGCGCCAUGGUCACCGGACAGAUCUUCGGCGUGGCCGUUGGCUCCAUCCUCUGCCCAUGCGUCUUCCUUGCCUUCCAGUCCACAACGAAGCCCAACGCACCGGUGGGUUCAAAGCAGUCCGAUUACCCAUGCCCUUUCGCGGGUCUAUACCGCGCCAUCGGGGUGAUCGGCACUGGAGGGGUGAAAGAGCUGCCAAAGCACUGCAUGACAUUCUGUGUCGUUGCCUUCUGCGUGACGGUCAUCAUUGACGCUGUCGUGCUGGUCUCUCAGAAGAGGGGUUGGAGCAUCCACAGGUACAUCCCCAGCAUGACGGUGAUUGCGCUGCCGUUUUUCGCUGGCUCCUACUUCACCAUCGAUAUGUGCGUGGGGAGCCUUUUGCUGCUUGCCUGGACAAGAAUGAAUGCAAAAAGUGCAGAGAUGCUGUCAUCGGCCGUUGCGGCAGGCUUGAUAUGUGGAGAAGGGCUGUUCACACUGCCAUCAGCGUUGCUCAACAUGUUCAAGGUGCAACCACCGAUGUGCAUGAAGUUCCUAUCCGGUGGCGAAGAAGUUGAGGCAGCGGACUCAUUCUUGAACAAUUUGGGAACAUCCAGAACAUGAUGAGAAAUGCACUCAAAGAUUUACCAGUAGAAAAUGGACUAUGAUCGUUGUAAAUGAUGCACAUAUUUUACAUAUGUCAUGUAACUUAAGUUGACAUGUGAGCGAGCUUGGUUAACAUGUAGGAGAUGCAUGAUAUAGUGGAGUGCCACCGCGUAAAGUUCUAGAAAAUAAAGGGGCAUUAUAUUCUGCAGAAGUUCACUGUCAUCUAAAAGGUAACUGAGAAAAUGAGAAGAACUAGAACAUGGAGUUUUUUUUUUAGUGAGAUC